GUUCAACGGGCUUCUUGAUUGCGAUUGCCAAUUCCGGUACCGAGCACGUUAGAGCGAUCGAUACAAAGACAGAAGAGAGCCCAAAGAAGCCGACUCAUCUCUCUCUUCUCUUUUCUUCUCUUCCCUUCCCUUCCCUCCGAAUCGUCGUCAUGGCUCGCGAUCUCUUCCUCGGCGAAGGGCCAAAAGGUCUUCUCCAAAGGGAUCCUUGAGUAGUUACUGUUCGUGCGUGAUUUGAGAUCAACAUGAUAGGCUCAUUUCUUAGUAGAGCUUUGAUAUUGGUUUUCGGGUAUGCUUACCCGGCUUAUGCGUGCUACAAGACCGUAGAACUGAACAAACCAGAGAUUGAGCAGUUGCGUUUCUGGUGUCAGUACUGGAUUUUAAUUGCAUUAUUGGCAGUCUUGGAGAGAUUUGGGGAUAUUUUAUUUUCGUGGAUGCCAAUGUACUGUGAAGCAAAAUUGGCACUCUACAUAUAUUUAUGGAAUCCUAAGUUAAGAGGAACAACAUAUGUCUAUGAUACCUUCUUCAGGCCAUAUAUCGCAAAGCAUGAAACUGAGAUUGAUCGUAAUUUGCUUGAGUUGAGAACAAGGGUUUCAGAUAUUAUGUUCAUGUUCUGGCAGAAGGCUGCUAGUUAUGGCCAAACCAGUUUUUUUGAGAUUUUGAAUUACGUUAGCUUUCUGUUGCAAGCGCAAAGAACACAGCCUUCUCAGCCACAGGAACUGCAGCGAGCGCAUCAGUUACCUUCUCCAGAGCCACCUGUUCAUCAGCAGCCUCAACAUGAAACAAGAAUGCUGCCUAGCCUAAUCAAGAACCAGCCACAGGAACAGUCGAGAAAGUUUGGUGUACAUCUCCGGGCAGCAUCUCCAGUCCAGCCACAUCAGUUUCCUUCUCCGGUGCCACCUGCUGAUCAACCUACAAGAUCUCAGACACCUCACCAAGAAACAAAAGUGCUGCCUAGCCCCAUCAAGAACAAACUACAGACAGCAUCUGCAGUCGAGCAACAAGACUCAGGUCCUGGCACAGACAGUUCACAAACUGCAAACCAGCCUUCUCCAAGUGAGGAACCAAUGCAAGUCGACCCCAUAAAUUCUCAGGACAUAGAGCACUCAUCAAAUCCACCGUCAGAGGAGACGGCCACCGAGGAGGCGAUACGCGUGACACGUAACAGGUUGAGGAAGCGAGCUGCUAUUGGUGUUACUGGCCCUGUCUAGUUGUUUGGAGCAUCCAAUUCUUCUUUCUAUUCUUUUGUUUGAAUGAUCAAUAGAUUGAUUUGUUGGUGAAGGAUCACGAGAUGAUUGUUUUGUUCAUUAAGACAAGUUUUGAUUUCUCAUUGUAAAUACGAUUUUGUAAGAAGAACAUGGGCAAGUAUGAGUUCCGGUCCCCCAUUGUCAUUAGAAAUGACUUUGUACAUGGUAAGACAAAGUUUAUGAAACUCUUUACUUGGAUG